AUUCAGAACAGAAAGGUGUGAAAAUGUGAUGUGAACUAUGCCCAGGCCGGUAAAUGUCUUCAACAACCCAAUCCCAGAGUUAUAAAGGGGUUGACUUGGACCCGCUUAAGCAACUCAAUCUCUGUAUAUAAUACAAACUGACCCUCUGUUUUCUUCCUACAGAUCAGACAAUCCCAUUACCAAAGCUCAAUUUCUUUAAUUUUCUUGAUCAGCAUAUUUAUAUAUAUUUCAAGACACGAUUUUUAUGUAUUUUGUGAUUAUGGGGAGGAAGAAUACAAUGUUGGGGUUCCUUCCAGCCUUGCUCAUGAUCACUUAUCUGUUCAUAAUGGGAAGACCUCCCAUGGCUAUGGCGGCAACAAAAGCCAAUAUGGUCACAGUUCUAAGUGUGGAUGGGGGAGGAAUAAGAGGGAUAAUUCCAGGGACUAUUCUGGCGUUUCUGGAAUCCAAGCUCCAGGAAUUGGACGGGCCAAACGCAAGAAUAGCAGACUAUUUUGAUGUGGUGGCUGGAACAAGCACGGGUGGAUUGGUCACAACCAUGCUUACUUCUCCCAACAACCAAAGUCGCCCCCUGUUUGAUGCCAAGAACAUUACCACCUUUUACAAGGAGAAUGGCCCUAAAAUAUUCCCCGUUACCAGCCGUAACAAUUUGAACUUAGUGGCUGGGCCAAAGUACAAUGGGAAGUAUCUGAGAUCUAUGGUGAAAGAAUUGUUGGGAAAUACAACGAUGAGCCAAACAUUGACUUAUACCAUAAUUCCAACAUUUGAUAUCAAGCGCCUUCAGCCCAUCAUUUUCACAACUUCUGAUGCUAAAACAAAUCCCGCUAAGAAUGCUCUACUCUCAGAUAUCUGUCUCAGUACCUCUGCUGCGCCGACCUUUUUCCCGCCUUACUAUUUUGAGACUAAAAAUGCCACCGGAGGCGUGAAUAGCUUUAAUCUUGUCGACGGGGGGCUUGCUGCCAACAAUCCGACUAUGAUGGCCAUAACCCUUCUCUCAAAGGAAAUUAUGAUGGGAAACUUUCAAUUUCAAGACAUGCAAAGAAUUGAUACAAAGAGAAUGUUAGUUUUGUCAUUGGGGACAGGAACUGCAAAGAACGAAGAGAAGUAUACUUCCACCUCGGCUUCUACUUGGGGUUCGCUCGCAUGGGUGUUCAACAAUGGUCACACUCCAUUGAUAGAUAUAUAUGGGGCUGCUAGUGCCGAUAUGGUGGACAUUCAUGUUUCGACCAUGUUUCAAGCUCUCCGCGAUGAGAAAAACUAUCUUAGGAUUCAGGACGAUAUGCUCACAGGGACAACAUCAUCGGUGGAUGACGCGUCUGCGAAAAACAUGGACUUGCUUGAACAGAUUGGUAAUGAUCUUUUGAAAAAGCCAGUUUCCAGAGUCAAUUUGGAUAGUGGCAAAUUUGAAGCAGUUCAAGGGGAAGGCACCAAUGAAGAAGCUCUCACCCGCUUUGCCAAGCUACUUUCAGAUGAAAAGAAGUUUAGAAGAACCAACUGAAAACAGAAAACUUAAACAAUACUGUAUUUCUCAACUCCAAUUGUUCCAGUUUUCUGAACAUGUUGUGUUCAAUAUAUUUUGAUUCUCUAAAAGAAAAGAGAUGCAUAAUGACUCUUGAAUAAGUACUAAUAUAUGAUAUGAUAACAAAUUACUCCGAUACAUA